CCCAUGAUUUCCUGAUACUCGACAAACUAGAGGAAGCAAGGGAAAACUCCAUUAAGAAGCCCAGCUUCCCUCCAUGUUAGAUGUGAAGUGGAAAAGGGAGAAGAUUUAGCAGAAUUCCGAGUCUUCAGCCAGGCUGGAGAGGGGAAGGGCACAGCAAAACCCUCGGGCUGUUGAAAUUUCUAGACUGCCAGGAAGCCCCUAGAAUUCAGAGAAAAAUGAGGGUUUCUUAACUCAAACUAGAGGGGAAAGGGGACAGAUGCUUUUAAUCGUUCUCCCAAAUGUGUGCUACCUUUCUUGACCAGGAUGGUAAGCAUGAGGGCAUGUGCCAGCUGCCUCGGACAGGUCCCUGUGACCCCAGGCACCCCAAGGAAGGCAGAGUGAUCUCAAGCCCGCUGCUCACUGGCUUCCCGCGCUCCAUGGGCUUGGGGAGAAGCAGGAGAAGCCACAGCAACUGCCCGGUCCCAGCAGCUGGAGCCUCCCGGAUGAGCUGCACAGAGGGAGGGGACAGCAGCUGUGGCUGCGGGGGCUCAGAGGAGAAGAAGAUGCUGAAGUGUGUGGUGGUGGGGGACGGCGCCGUGGGGAAAACCUGCCUGCUGAUGAGUUACGCCAACGACGCUUUCCCAGAGGAGUACGUGCCCACUGUGUUUGACCACUAUGCAGUUACCGUGACAGUGGGAGGCAAGCAACACUUGCUCGGACUGUAUGACACCGCGGGACAGGAGGACUAUAACCAGCUGAGGCCACUCUCCUACCCCAACACUGAUGUGUUUUUGAUCUGCUUCUCUGUCGUGAAUCCUGCCUCUUACCACAACGUCCAGGAGGAAUGGGUCCCAGAGCUGAAGGACUGCAUGCCUCACGUGCCUUACGUCCUCAUAGGGACCCAGAUUGAUCUCCGCGAUGACCCUAAAACCUUGGCCCGUUUGCUGUAUAUGAAAGAGAAACCUCUCACUUACGAGCACGGUGUGAAGCUUGCAAAAGCGAUCGGAGCACAGUGCUACUUGGAAUGUUCGGCCCUAACUCAGAAAGGUCUCAAAGCGGUUUUUGAUGAAGCGAUUCUCACCAUUUUCCACCCCAAGAAAAAAAAGAAACGCUGCUCUGAGUGUCACAGCUGCUGUUCAAUUAUCUGAGGCUGCUGGGGGUCUGGCCUCCACCCCACCUAAAGGUGACAGUGGCGCCGACCUCUCAGACCAAGCUCAAGCCAUGAAGGAAGGCGCGACCAGAGAGGAAGUCCCUUUGCACGGAGCCCUGCUUCUCUACCCCAGGAGCCCCCAGCAAGCACAGCACACCAACUGCCACGUCCCCCCUCUUAGCCCGAAGCAUCCACAUUGUACACUCCAUGAAAAUGCUGAGCCCGCCCAGAUGUCAGCCAGUGCUGCUGCUGACCAUGUUGCAAAUGAAAGCAAAGACCAUGUUGCAUUUUGCGUCUUCCCUCCAUGAACGUGAAGCUCAUGAGAGGAGAUCAUCACCAAGAUACCAGAAGAGGAAUUCAGUUCCUGUAUUGGUGGCCUUACCCCGUGUCUUUUACAAAACCCAGGAACACUAUACUAACCUUGUUCUCUGAAUCUGUUGUUAAACCUAUGUGUCUUGCAUUUACUUGUAUUAUUUUUUUAAAUGUACUAAUUUAUCAAUUUACUCAGGCCUUACAAGUCCAUACCAAAUUAGCCUCAAGGCAAAGAUUUUUAUAUUCAUUUCCAUUUUCAGCCUGUUUCUACCAAAGCUAUUAGAACCAACGCGUACCUCUGAAUGCCUGACUGUAAGAAGGAAACAAGAAAAUGUUACAACUUUUGGAAAUUUACAAAGAUUUUUGAACCUGGUUGAAAGAAAAACACCACCUGAAUUGUCGCAGGUCCCCAUUUUUGCCAAAGAUUCACCCUGGAAAUGCUUUUGCUGAUGGGUAGCCUUAUUUUUUUCCCCCAUAUUUAUAUUGUCAUGGCAAAUUACAAAUGAACUGUGUUUAAGAAAGUAGUAUUUCUGCUUUUUAAUCAAACUGAUUGGGGAAGAAUAUGGCAGACCUAGGUUUUAAAAUAUUCUUUAUUCAGCAAAGUGAAAUUUCCUGCUCCCUCCCUUCCUAGGCGCCUGCCCUUUUCCUCCCUUAAUUUCACUUUCUCCCUUGCCCAAUAAUAACCUGAUCUAAAAGAAAGCUCUGGCCAUGGGGCAUGAAAAAGUAAAUGUUUAAAAGUCCCCAAAGGUUAAGCAAAGUGUUUCCAUAUUUCCACUUGCUUCUACCCGAAGGGCUUCUCAGCUUGGUUCAUGUCCCCUCCCCGUUCCAUUUAAAUGACAUUUUCCAAGUACAGCUGGUACUAAUAUAUCACCUCUCCCUACUUCCUACACUCAUUGUCCCAAAUGUGUAUUUAGGGGGUGGAUCUGCGGGUACCAAUUUCUGAAUCCGUUUAUCCCCUGCUUCCAAAGUGCUGUGCUCUGUAGAACAGCACCUUGGGUCUUUGAAAGUAAAAGCUCCCAGUAAGGAAUGAUGUGCGCUUUCUAUAUGCCUCUUCCAAAUAGCGAGGGAUUCUUGCAUCACAGAGUGAAUUAUUUCCUAGCUUUUAAUUAGAGACGAUAAAGUCUCCUAAUUAGUCUUAUUUGCUUGCAAUUACCCUGGAAACACCCAGGUAGACAGUUUACUUUUGAUUUCAAUUGCAUAAGCAAAGUGCCUCUUCCAGCAUCAAAUGACACAAAUUUUAGCAUAACAAUUUCCAGAUUCACACUCCUUCUGUUGGAAAAAUCCAGUCUUUUUCUAGUCCCUUCUGCUCCCUGAGAUAGCCCCAUAUAAAAGAAACAUAUGAUGUGGGUCUUCUCUAUUAACGCCUUCCAUGACAUCCCCUCAGUUUUGGGGUUUUGUUUGUUUGUUUACAAUUUCUGAAAUGAGUUGUUCCUUCUUCCACGUUGCAAGUCCGAUUUCCCUGCUCAACCAUCCAGUUGCUAAACAUUUUCUUAAACACACACAUACAGGCACGCAUACACACAGAGACACACACACCCCCAAACUAAAAGAAAACGGGAGUUUUGUGAGCCAAAGCUUGACAUUUAGAGACAACUAGGACUUUCUUCCUCUGUAAAUGGAAAUCAACCGUCCAUAAACAGUAACUUUAUAGAGGUUAUGGAUUCCUUCUUUACAAACAAUAAUGAGCAUUUAGCCCUGUAAUAAAUGAAAUGCUGUUAGCCAGUUUUGUUGCAUCAUUGCAUGGUUACAUCUUACUAAAGGGCCAUUCCUCACUUCUCACUGAUGUUGAUGAAAGAGUGUGUAUGUUUGCUCUACCAAGGAGAACUUUCCAGACAUGUGCAUCUAAGAGGCAAAUGAUUCCCCAGGCCAUGACCUGCCUACUGGACCAUGGGAAUUAACGAGUUCACAGUGAGAAAAUCACUCUCCCACCUAGAACCAGAACCUGGAGAUAGUCUGUUAGUGUCUGGGUGGAGAGGCUGCUAAAGGUCAUAAAGUUCAUAAAGCUCAUUAUUAAAUAAAAUAAUGAAGAACAAAACGACAUAAAUGAGUUAAUGUCAUUCCACCAAAUUAACCAUGUGUUGCCUGUUUCAUGGCAAGAGGUAGUUCAUUUCAGUAAAACAUGUUUCCUGCCGUAAGAUUAAAUAAAACUAUAUUCCAAAGCCAAAGAUCAGAAGAGAUCAGAAAGAAGGAUCUGAAGAAGGAUCGUUGACUUUUGACCAACUUCCAAAGACAAGAAGGGGAAGCCAAUCUCCAUUGGAAGGUAGAGUCUUAGCUUUUCAGAGCCAAAAGAGGCCCCAGAAAAUACAGUCCAACUCCUUCAUUCUACAAAUGAGGGAACUCAAGUCCAGACGGGUCAAAAGAAAUGUGUUGUGACAGACCUGGAACAGACCCCAGCCGUUCUGCUUCCCAUCCAGUGCCCCGAACUCCGCACUGUAAUCUAUUCAUUAUCACAGAUACGAGUUGUAGUUUUGCAGGUGUGUUAUUGGAGUUGCAUUUGUUCAUCCUACAGAUCUUAGCCCCAUUUUGAAUACAUGACUUAGGCCACUAUAAUUUAGAUAAUCCAUCACACUGGAUAGGAAUUUGAUCUGCAGUAUGCUUGGGAUCCACAAUGUACAACGUUCUAUAAUCCUCAUCUAAUUGCACAGUAUACAGCAAUGUAAUCCCAAUCUAGUGGCUUAAUCAAGUAGCUGGUUUGACAGAUUUUUUUUUUUCAAUCAAAUGGUUGGUUAUUUGGUAGAAUUAAUGGACCCCCUGGGCUGUUUUGGAAAUACAAAAGACUACUACAAGAGUCAAAGCCAUGUCAUCGUAAGUAAUCUGGGCUGAUUUCUGCCAAGAAAAGGUACACUCAAAGAACAAUUACUAAAUGUAGUAACUACAGCAAGCCUAAACCAGGAAGCAGUAAGCUGGAAAAUGAAAAAAAUAAGUCAUACACUUAUGACAAGAACUAAGUUUUGGUCCUGAGACUCCAAUAACAAUAUGUCUGAUAAUGAUACGCAAAGAACCAUUUGGAAGAUUUCUGGUCCAUAAAAGAAGUUCCAGAUGCAGUGGAUGUAACCAUACACAAUUUUCAUAGAACCGUCAAUGAGGAAAUAAUAUUUAAAUGGUAGUAAAAGAGAAAUCACAACCAUGUUCACAGUUUUAGGAGAAAUUAAAGCUAAAAGCCAAACUUGAGGCCAACAAAAAUGUACAUUAUGUACUGUGUAGGUUCUUUGAGCAGUUAAUUACCUUGCCAAAUAGACUGUUCAAAAAGAAAUACUUGACCUGCAGUAAGACUUCAAACAUGUAGUAUUGCAUUCACAAAGGCAAAGUCAUCCAUGUGACCAAAGUGAUAGAUUAGAAAUUGAGGUUUUGCUUUAAAGGAAUGUUUGGCACCAUGCUAGAGAUGAUUAUCUAACCCUUUAUGUCUUCAGCCUCUAUGUUUGGAUGCCAGAAUGCCAAAUGUGCCUUCACUCUCAACAGUGAGAGCCACAGGUCACCAGCUACUCUCUUAUGAGUCAUUGAGUAGGCUGCCUGAGUACAAAUAAGGAAACUCAACAGAGUAUUUUCAUCUCAAGAACCAUUAGGAAGAGAAGGAGAAAAAGAAGAUGGGGGAAAUCGUGUUUCUUAACAAAGAAAGUUAGGUACCUUUGAAAAAGAAACAUUUAGAGAAUGGAGAGAAAACUAAAAUGAAACACAAGGCAAAACACAUACACCUGACAAUUCUCCCAGGCACUGGCUAAGUUCUGCCUGGCCUCCAGAGCCCUAGGGAAGAAAGGAGGACUGUUCAUGUGAAGAGUGUCCCAGAAUCAGCCUAGGCGGUUCAUCAUAUGAUGAUUCUACAUAAUUCCUCCUCAACGUUCCUUUAAAAACGAUGAAAUUCUGAACAGUGCUUUUUGGGACUCCAGUAACGAUGUGGGGGGUGGGGGGUGGUCUUCAUGCUCACACCUUCUCUGAUAAUAUGGAGCAGACAGUCAGGGGAAAUUUACCAAGGAAUAUGAGUGAAUCAAUUAUCUGGGAAGUUUUUUAAGCACUAGCAUGACUUAAAAACCUGAAAAGGAUGAUGUUGCAGUAUCUGGAAAGACGGUAACUUGUAUAACUUGUAUUCAUCUUCAGUGCAAUAGCUCCAAACAGAACAAUGGCCUUUAGCAUGCACAACAACGAUAACAGAACCCAAAAUCAUGAGCUAAAGCAACAAUGCCUGGUGCUUCAGUGUCCACAAAGCCCAGAAAGGAGAUGAAAACGCCAAGCUCCACACACAGGCACUUCCGGUUUCAGAGGCUGGGUGGCGCUAAUUGGAGAUCUCUGUGGGUUAGUAAUGAGUCAAGGAGGAUUUGGCUCAUCUGUGAAUUCAGGGAUGCGAGUUCAACAACAGUUCCUGGCCUUGAACUUCCAGCACAGGAAAUGAGAGUAAAAGCUACAUGAUUAUUCUUGGUCACAAUCUUUUUUUUUUUUUUUCCUCCUUGGGGAAUAUUAUGUCAAAAUCCAGAGUUGUUGUGUGCAUGUGUAUGUGUUUUACACAUGUCCUACUCUGGCAAUUUCAUUGUGUCUUGAGUUCGGCAGUGGAUCAGAAGCUUCUUGCUGCUAUAGUCAGCAUGAUUUUGUUGUAUUUUCAGCCAUGUCCUCCAAGCCUCUCAGUAUAUCAAGUUACCUUUGACGAAUGGGGUCUGAUUGGCGUUUUAGGGGAUAUGAGGUCUGGGACAAUAUGAGAGGGUCCCCAAGGCACAGAACUGAGGCUCACCCUGCAAGCCCUAUUAGCUCCCCGAGCUUCCCAGUAACCGUCUGCAUGUCAGUCUUUGGAGUUUAUGUUAAUUCUUUGCAGGAAAAAAAUAGUAAAACUUUCAUGGCAGGAUGGUAUGUUUGGGGCAGGUUUGUAAAUACCUACCUAAAAUUACCACCACCUGCCGUUUUUUAAAUCAGUUUUGGUUUUUUUUUUAAAGCAGUCGGGUUUUGUUCUCCUAGAGGAGCCAUGGCAGGAAGGUUAAUGAAUUCCACAUUCUUCGCAUCACCUGGCUUUAAUUGUUUCUUUGCCCUGAGUAAACAGUAAUUACUAUUGAAGUACAUCUCAGCAGAAUCUUAUCCCACGGAAACGUCCGUGCUGCUCCCCUUGUGAUCACUACGGGGGAAAUGAUAGGCAAGGGAAGGGCUUUGGCUUUCUUACAACCUGCUUCUUAUGUGAUGGCUAUUCUAUGUACAUUUUCGUAAUUAAUUGAAUAUUAUUUCACGUUCUCUUUAAGCAGUUUGCUUUAUGCCACGUUCUAACUUUAAAGUCAUUAAAUUGUCUUUUCUCCUGCUCUCA